CGGUUGCAGUAAUACGACUACGUCAUCAACGUGCGCCACAGGAAGUGGUCUGGUCGAUUCUGCGGGUGAUCGUCGCAUACCAGAAGAAUGCCUCUUCCCGCAGCCUUGCUGGCCCGCUUGGCCAAGAGGGGAAUCGUAAAACCGUCAGGACAAGGGGCAGACGAGGAGAUUAUUGCCGAAGAUUACGACGACAACAACGUAGAUUACGAAGCCACCAGGGUGGAAAAUCUGCCGCCAAACUGGUAUAAAGUCUUUGACCCCAGUUGUGGUCUUCCUUACUACUGGAAUGUGGAAACCGAUUUAGUGGCCUGGCUGUCCCCAAAUGACCCAUCAGCCCAGAUAACAAAAGCUGCAAAGAAACAAAAAGUGGACGCGGGGGACGACCGAGCGGAGCGUCAGUCCGAGAAGCCGGACAGGGAGCGGGACCGAGAUCGCGAGCGCUACCGGGACCGAGAUCGGGAACGAGAGCGCGACCGCGAGAGGGACGAACGGCGGGAACGAGACAGGAGGAAGCAGAGGAGGGAGGACGCGGCGCCGUAUCACAAGGCGAAACGAGGUAAAAAAGACGACGAAAUGGACCCCAUGGACCCAAGCGCAUAUUCUGACGCGCCCAGGGGCUCGUGGUCAAGCGGCCUUCCCAAACGUAACGAAGCCAAGACGGGCGCCGACACCACGGCCGCCGGGCCUCUUUUCCAGCAGCGGCCGUACCCGAGUCCGGGAGCGGUUCUGCGCGCCAACGCUGCGAACCAGUUUGUCAAGGAGUAAAAAAAAAAAAAACGAAACAACUCCCGGCUAAUCCGACCCACCUGCAAGGUUCAGAUCCAGAAGUGACUCCCGACGCACGGAAAGCAUCGAGCAGAAGACCCAGCAGACUUUGGACUCACCUGUCCCCGGUGCUCACCCAGUACAACCAUGAUGGCCUCGUAUUCGGUUUU